AUGCCGCUUUGUUUCGGGCUUCCUCAUGGGAGUCGGGCCAUUCGCAGAGGGUCUAUCGAAUUGAGAUGCUUUCUGAUAAAAUUGUCGGUAGUUCCUUCAUUUGCUCUGCAUUUUUCAGGAAAACCACAGAUUUUGCCUGCUCAUGAUUACGUUGCAUCCGCCACCAUCGUUUCUAUUUCAACAAAGCUCAGUAUGGCGGACAUCAAGUCAAGUGUCGUUGACACGGGCAACAGAUUGCCAGAUUCCCCCAAACUGGGGGAGGCGCGAAAUCUGGACCCAAUUGAUGAGCUCUUCGAAGCCAUUCAGAAUAACAACACGGACAAAAUGCGAAGGAUCAUCAAGAAGAACCGUUAUGUUUUGAAUAAGCAGAACGACCCGGGCAAAACCGAGAAUACCUUGAGACCACAGCAGCUACUCGCAGCAGAGGCGCUUGGAAACCUCAUGACCCAGGAUGUCCUUAGGUAUCGGCAAGACAAAUCCAUCACGGUUGAUGAAUACGGAAAGCAAUGUCCUCUCCAUGUAGCUUGUCUUUUUGGGGGUCUUGACACAGUGAAGAUUCUAUUGGAACAAACCGAGAUCGUUGUCAAUGUCCAGAACGGCGCCAAAGAAUCUCCGCUGGGGAUCGCGUGUAGAGCCGCAAAUCUUGAUAUCGCCACACUGCUCGUCAAGAAGUUCUCUGAGACCAUUGAAGUACACCAUGCAGACGACGUCGGAAACACACCAAUCUCCUAUCUCGCAGGUCGCGGUAUAUACCCUCUGUGGUCUGAAGAUCCCUCACACGACAAGCUGAAGGCACUCGUUCCAGCGAUGUUGCGAGCUUCUGGGUCCGAAGAAUACGGCCGUUUAUGUUUAGAAGAGGCAUGUCGCGAGGGCAACAUUCCAUUGCUGCAGGUCUUGGUCAACAGCGCGAAGAAUUCUAUCAACAAGGGUGAUACAGAUGGUUGGACUCCUUUACAUUUCGCCAUCUUAUACGGGGAGGGAGAAGCUGUCCGAAUCCUUCUUGACCACGGUGCCGAUCCUGGAACAGGUGCUAAGGAAUCAGAUCUAAUGCAGCCACUGCAGCUCGCCCUUACAUUCGGAGCAGAGACUAUAGCAGACAUGAUUCGGGAAAAGCUGCUGACCAAAUUGUUGGAAAAUCCGAGAAGUUCACUGCAGCAUUCUUCACAUGUCGAUCCUCUUGACUACUUCAUGGCUCAGACCUGGCGGGGGAACACCAAGCCGACCAAACCGGCAAACGAGGAAUCAAAUGACGAACCGAAAAUCGAAAUGAAAGGGGAGGCGAACGACGCACCAGACAACGAACUUAACCGGCAACUGGAUGAGUCACCAAAAAAGCCAGAGGGGUAUAUUGAGAGCGUUCCCAUGCGAGACGUUCUGGGAAACCCUCAGAUGACAAGCUUGGAAAGAGACCAUACUGCGACGAAAAUGAAGUGGUAUCAUCUCCCAGCAAAUAAUUGGCAUUGGGCAAAGCAUACUGAUGACUACGGACAGGACCUAUGUCUAAAGUGCCUUGGCGAUGAGGCCGAUGAUACAUUCAAAGAGGUCAUGAAGUGCUUUCAGGCCACAUUCGAAUCGACAGGACAAGUUCCUCCCCUUUGCGAGCAUAGCUAUACGGAAAUCAAGGAUGUGAAUUGGAGUUCAAGAGGACAAUCAAACAUCAGCGAAAAGGCGAUCGAAGAGAGACAGCCCCGGAACAUGCUGAUAGUGCUUCCUGUGAUUGAUGUCGACUACCUCGCGGGUUUCCAGAAAGUCGAACAUGGUCAGCAAUCUCCUGACUUUUCCCAAUUAGUCAAUAUGUCGCCCAACAAAAAACACAUUCCCGGUAUGAGGGCCCUGUACGGACAAGAGAACAAGGGCGAGUACAAGGGCCAACAGGGGGCUGUGCAUUAUCCGCGGACUUUGGAUCAUUACUACCACACCGACCUGAGCGAAGGCCAGCAGAGCCAAUUGAAUAAGGAGCAGGUCUUCACCCGGUACUUGAAGGCACAAGCCUCCAAACCAACUGAAAGAAGUCAGCGUCAAAGUUCAGAUACAAUGGGUCCACGUUUUUCUCUGUCUUGGCCUCUACAUCUUUUCAAUACACCGACGAACCGACCUGAUGCAAGAAAUCAUAUAGGUAUUCAACCGGACGUGGAAAGACAAGAAUGCGUGCAAGAGGAUCAUUCUGGGCAGCCAAAGAAGCCUAGUCUGACGCUAUCAUCAGCUGAGGAGAGAGAGUCCCCUCAUAGCAUACUUGUAGUUUCGCAGCUUUGGAUCAUCAAACUGGACAGUGAGUAA